AUGUACAAGUCGGACAAAUCGACAAAAAACAAAACGGAUUACUACAAUUACGAUGAUGAUGACGUCGUUGAUGAUGGCGACGAUGACGUCACGCUAAUUAGGGAAGAUUGUAAACAAACGAAUCCUGAUCUAUUUGAAAUGGUCAAAAAUAAGCAGCAAAAAUGUGAUAACAACGACAAGCCAGCAGUGCCUUCUAGCUCGAAAUCAAAAGUAUCUCGCCUAAAACCACAAGAAACAACAACAACGAAAAGUGAACUUACAACUCCGAUAAACACAUUCUCGUCAAUGUCAACAACAACAAUAGACUCAUUAACAACGACAAAAACAAAACCACCAGCAACAUCACAAUCAACAACUUCACAGCACCUGAACAACACAACAGCCACCCUGGCAAUCAUCGUGGCACUCAUAUCGUGCACCUCUUCGAUGUAUCUGUGGUUCAAACUCUGCAACCUGGAGCACGGAUGGCACGCUGAGAAGAUGAAGAUCAUUGACGAUGUCAGGAGUUUGUUGGCUGGUGUCUAUGGCGGGAAAAACAACGCUGUUAAUGUCUUACAAGUAUUGCUAUUUCUUUUCCAAUUGUUAACAUUUUGCUAG